GUCAGCCUUCUAUUUUCACGAGCGAGCAGAAAAACAUUUCUGCUGCGCUCGCUGUCGGCCGGGUCGGUUGUGUCCGAACGAAUACUGUCCGAACUUCGCGUGCACCCUGCCUAAUCGAGUCACCAUGCUCCGGAGAUAACCGCUUCCGGUCAGUUGGACACUUCCGGUUCGCAACUCGCGCCUCUCCUUUGCAAACACACCGUUGUUUCCCGAAAACCGAGAGUCGAUUCGCAAAAUGAACGGCCACAACAACCACCACGAGGUGCGCCAGGCCACCGUCGUCCUCGGGGCCCAGUGGGGCGACGAGGGCAAGGGCAAGCUGGUCGACCUGCUCGCCGCCGACGCCGACGUCGUCUGCCGAUGCCAGGGUGGCAACAAUGCCGGACACACGGUCGUCGUGGACGGCUGCGAGUUUGACUUCCACUUGCUUCCCAGUGGCAUCAUCCAACCCAAGUGCCUGUCACUGAUCGGCAACGGAGUGGUUGUCCAUCUGCCGGGGAUGUUUGAUGAGCUGAAGAAAUGCGAGGCCAAGGGUUUGGAGAAUUGGCAGUCGAAACUAUUCAUCUCCGACAAGGCGCAUCUCGUCUUUGAUCUCCACCAGCAAGUGGACGGAAUGCAGGAGCAGGAGAAGGGCAAGAAGUCGCUUGGCACCACGAAGAAGGGAAUCGGACCAACGUACUCGUCCAAGGCGUCCAGAAUCGGCAUCCGCAUCGCCGACCUGAUCGGGGACUUCUCCCAGUUCACAGAAAAGUUCCAGGCCCUGGUGGCCGUCCACGAAAAGAUGUUUCCAAACCUGCAGGUUGACGUCGCGUCCGAGCUGGAGAAAUACAAAGAACUGGCCGAGAGGGUGCGACCGAUGAUUGUCGAGUCGGUCACCUUCCUCCACGACGCAUUGUCUUCAGGGAAAAACGUUUUGGUCGAGGGAGCCAACGCAACUAUGCUUGACAUCGAUUUUGGAACGUAUCCGUACGUUACCUCGAGCAACUGCAGCAUCGGCGGCGUGUGCACCGGCCUGGGGCUGCCGCCGCGCAACAUCGGCGAGAUCGUCGGCGUCGUGAAGGUGUACACGACCCGCGUUGGCGACGGGCCGUUCCCCACGGAGCAGAUCAACGAAAUCGGGGAUAAGCUGCAGAGCAUUGGUGCUGAGAUCGGCGUGACAACCCAGCGGAAGCGUCGGUGCGGCUGGCUCGACAUCCCUCUCCUCCGCUACACCAGCAUGAUCAACGGCUACACGUCAUUGGCUCUGACGAAGCUAGACGUUUUGGAUAGCUUCCCAGAAAUUAAGAUUGGGGUGUCCUACUCUCUCAACGGGCAGAAGAUCAAACAUUUUCCCAGUGGACAGGCUGAACUUGGCUCUGUCACGGUUGAGUACGAAACCAUGCCUGGCUGGAACUGCAGCAUCCAGAACGUGAGAUCAUUCAGCGACUUGCCAGAAAACGCACAACAGUACGUGACGCGGAUUCAGCAGUUGCUCGGGGUGCCAGUUCAGUACAUUGGAGUCGGCAAAGGACGGGAGAGUAUAAUUAAGUUAUUCUAAACGCUACUCAAGAGGCACCACUAUUUUUGGACACGUUUUGCCCUGUUUUCCUGGUUGAAGAAAAAGAAGAUUUGGACACGAUCAAAUUUCGAGGAGUUUAUUGAUUUGCAACAAGACGACACCACCACUGUCUCUCACCUAUUCAUUACUUUUCUUCUCUAGUCUCACAGCUUGUACUUUUGAAAGAAGCUACACAAUCUGCAAUGUUCAGUCGCUCCCUGAAUAUUUACGAGAAAUCUCUUUUUUGUUGUGACUCGAGGUUGUUCUGCCGCGUUAUUUGGUUGUCUUUUACUCUCCUCACGUUAUCGGAGUAUUUUUGAGCUGCCUAGUAAUUUUGUGCAGGAAAAGUGGACGUUGUUAAUGUCGAAGAACGUGCAAAAUGGAAAUAAAAAAAAAAACAUUGAAAACAAUCA